GGACGAUUCCCAGUCCGCGAUUCCCUCCGGGCAGCUGGCGCGUCAGCCCGGACAGCGCAGGCGCCGGGGCGGUCGGCCCACGGUUUCCCUGGAGACCGGGCGGCCGCGGCCGGAAGCUGCGCGGCGGUUGGCCUCGGCUGGAGGGAGAAGCUGGGGGUGGAGCCCGAGGAGGAAGGCGGCCGCGACCAGGAAGAGGAGGCGGCUCGAGCCAUGGAGCGGGCGGAGGCGUGGGCCGGAGACUCGCCGGGGACGCCGGAGCCUGAGGAGCUCGGCGGCCUUCCUUGGUUUCAUGAUCAAGUGGUGCCGGCAGGAAGUUCUUCAUUCAGAGUCAUAGUACACGUGGAUCUGGAUUGCUUUUACGCACAAGUGGAGAUGAUCUCAAAUCCGGAACUAAAGGGCAAACCUUUAGGAGUUCAGCAAAAAUCUUUGAUGGUUACCUGCAACUAUGAAGCUAGGAAACUUGGAGUUAAGAAAUGUAUGAAUAUCAGAGAUGCAAAAGAAAAAUGUCCACAGCUGGUGUUAGUUAAUGGAGAAGACUUGACUCGUUACAGAGAGAUGUCAUAUAAGGUUACAGAGUUGUUGGAAGAAUUUAGUCCAGUUGUUGAGAGACUCGGAUUUGAUGAAAAUUUUGUGGACCUAACAGAAAUGGUUGAGAAGAGACUACAGCAGCUUCAAAAUGAUGAACUUUUAGCACUGACUGUGUCAGGUCAUGUAUACAAUAAUCAGUUUGUAAACCUGCAUGACGUCUUGCACAUCAGACUACUUGUUGGAUCUCAGAUUGCAGCAGAGAUGAGGGAAGCCGUAUAUAAUCGCCUGGGUCUCACUGGCUGUGCUGGAGUGGCUUCUAAUAAAUUAUUGGCAAAAUUAGUUUCUGGUGUCUUUAAACCAAAUCAACAAACAGUCUUAUUACCUGAAAGUUCUCAAGAUCUCAUUCAUAGUUUGAACCACAUAAAGGAAAUACCUGGUAUCGGCUAUAAAACUGCCAAACGUCUUGAAGCACUGGGUAUCAGUAGUGUGCGUGAUCUUCAGACCUGCUCAUCCAAAAUAUUAGAAAAGGAAUUAGGAAUUUCAGUUGCUCAGCGUAUCCAGAAGCUCAGUUUUGGAGAGGAUAACUCUCCUGUGAUGUCUUCAGGACCACCUCAGUCCUUUAGUGAAGAAGAUUCAUUUAAAAAAUGUUCAUCAGAAGUUGAAGUUAAAAAUAAGAUUGAAGAACUACUUGCUAGUCUUUUGAACAGAGUAUGCCAAGAUGGAAGGAAGCCACAUACAAUAAGGUUAACAAUCCGUCGAAAUUCAUCUGAAAGUUACUAUAGCCGCGAGAGUCGUCAGUGCCCUAUUCCAUCCCAUGUAAUUCAGAAGUUAGGGACAGGAAAUUAUGAUGUGAUGACCCCAAUGGUUGAGAUACUUAUGAAACUUUUUCGAAAUAUGGUGAAUGUGAAGAUGCCAUUUCAUCUUACCCUUUUAAGUGUGUGCUUCUGCAACCUUAAAGCACUAAAUACUACUAAGAAAGGGACUAUUGAUUAUUACUUAACACAAUCAUUAUCAACAACUUCACACUCUGGCAAGCGCGAUUUUAAAAUGAAAGACACUCAUAUGGAGGAUUUUUCUAAAGACAAAGAAACAAAUUUGGAUUUUCUACCAACUGAAAGAAUUGAAAGUGCAAGAACUGGGGAGUCUCCACUGGAUACUACAAAUUUUUCUAAAGAAAAAGACAGUAAUGAAUUUCUACGCUGCUCACUUCCUGAGGGUAUCGACCAAGAAGUCUUUAAGCAGCUUCCAGUAGAUAUUCAAGAGGAAAUCCUUUCUGGAAAAUCUAGAGAAAAAGUUCAAGGGAAAGGAAGUUUGAGUUGUCCAUUACGUGCCUCUAGAGGAAUAUUGUCUUUCUUUUCUGCAAAACAAAUGCAAGAUAGUCCCUUAAAUCCUAGAGAUCAUUUAUCCAAUAGCAAACAGCUGUCCUCUGUAUCUCCCUGUGAACCAGGAACUUCAGGCUUAAAUAGCAGUAGUUCCUCUUGUGUGUCUAACCGAAAGGAUUAUUCACAUUGUACAGACAGUAGAUUAAAAGAUGAACGAAUGGGCCAAGGACCUAAAGAAUCUCAAGGAUUCCACUUUUCGAAUACAAACCCCACUGCAUCUAUUUUUCAUUCAUUUCGAAAUUUGCAGAGUGAGCAACUUUUCUCCAAAAACCGAACUACAGAUAGCCAUAAGCAAUCAAUAGCAGCAGUCUCUCAGCAUGAAGGACUUAUGAAAAAUAGAGAGCAAGAUUGUACUGAUAAGAAAGUCACUUUUCCUUCUGACAUUGAUCCUGAAGUUUUCUAUGAACUACCGGAAGAAGUACAAAAAGAAUUGUUGGCUGACUGGAAGAGAACAGGAUCAGAUUUCCAUAUUGUACAUAAAUCAGCACGCUCAGAAAAAAGGCCUAAGAAAGCAAGGGAAAGACCACUGUUCUCAGAUUAGCACUUUGUUAAGCUCUUCUAAAUUAAACACUACAUUCAAUAAUGUAGAAAUCCAGUAUAAAAUGUUCUGGAUAAAGCAAGAAUAGUUAUGGGAAGUAAAUUCUGGCACAGCGCAUAAAAAUAUUUAUGACAGAAGAAAUAAUGUAAAAUAUUACCUUCUCUGAUUUCUAAGGCUAUUUUAUAUUGCUUUUCAAUAAAAAGAAUAUCAUGGUUAGCAAUAGUGCAUUUUCCAUAAAUUGGGGGGAGGAUAUAUAUGCUUACAUAUAAAAAAUAGACUAGCCAAAUCCCUGCUAUGCUAUAGCAAAGAAAUUUUUUUUUCUAUGAAAUAUGGAAUGGCUCAAGAAAUUCAGCCCAUUAGGAAACAGCCAAAUAAGAAAUUCUGCUGCCAACUAAUCUAUUAAAAAUGUAGAUAUCUUUGACUGCAGUACUAUGCACCAUAUAAUAAGUUGACUUUUAAAAAAAUACCAAAGCAGUCUAUAUUCAAUUAAUGCUUCUUAAUAUACCUAGAACCUAUCACAAUGCCCGGCACACCAAGGGUACUCAGUAAAUAUGGAAUGAAUGAAUAGUGUGGCAGGGACCAUGUGGGGAGUUGGAUGGGGAGUGUGUGUGUUGUAGAGAACUAGAAGAACUCUCCAUACAGAUAGACUAAGGGAAGGAUGGAAACCAGAAAUGUAAGGUAAUAGGUCUUUAAGAAUACUAGAUAAUGGAAGAAGUCCAUUUCCUUCUGGCCAGUCUGUAGAGUUUAAAAGCAAUGGAUUAGAUGUUUUUGCAUUUUCUCCACAUUUUGGAGAUAAGAUUAAGGACGUCAUACUUACAACAAAGUUAACUAAAUUAGACAAAGUUACUAAAUUGAUGUACAUUCUCUUUCUCCUGUUGUUACUUUCCCCUUUUGCCUGCCAGAUUAAAAGUUGGAUGUAA